AGAAGAAGUGCUGUAGCAUCAUCGCACAUUUCACCAGCAGCAAUAAGAAGAUUUAAGAGAUUUAAUUUUCACAUCGACACUUUUUCGCUGAGGCAACAUGCCUCGUUUCGCUCAGCUGGUGAUGGGCCCGGCGGGCAGCGGUAAGAGUACCUACUGCUCCACCAUGAUCCAGCAUUCAGAGCAGAUAAACCGCUCAGUUCAGGUGGUCAACCUGGACCCGGCGGCUGAGCACUUUGACUACCCUGUCAUGGCAGACAUCCGAGAGCUCAUCCAGGUGGAUGACGUGAUGGAGGACGACUCUCUCAGAUUUGGCCCAAACGGCGGCCUCGUCUUCUGCAUGGAAUACUUCGCCAACAACUUCGACUGGCUGGAGGAGAGCUUGGGUCAUGUGGAAGACGACUACAUAUUGUUUGACUGCCCAGGUCAGAUUGAACUGUACACACACCUCCCUGUAAUGAAGCAGCUGGUGGAGCAGCUACAGCAAUGGGAGUUUCGGGUGUGCGGGGUCUUUCUGGUCGACUCCCAGUUCAUGGUGGAGUCUUUUAAAUUCAUCUCUGGAGUCAUGGCUGCCCUGAGUGCCAUGGUGUUAUUGGAGAUUCCUCAAAUAAAUAUAAUGACUAAAAUGGACCUGCUCAGUCCAAAGGCAAAGAAGGAAAUUGAAAAAUAUCUGGACCCAGAUAUGUACUCGAUGAUGGAAGACUCCCCCGAUUCCAUCAGGAGCAAAAAGUUCAAGAAGCUGACUCAAGCUAUCUGUGGCCUGAUUGAUGACUACAGUAUGGUGAGGUUCCUGCCCUUUGACCGCACAGACGAGGAAGGUAUUAACAUAGUGCUUCAAAACAUUGACUUCUCGAUACAGUACGGAGAGGACCUGGAGCUCAAGGAGCCAAAGGAGACUGACGAGGAGCCCUCGAAUCUAAACUUUGAUGAGAUAUUUCAAGGCAAAGGAGACAGCUGAAGAGAAAUGCCACUCCAGAAAUGACGGAGUGUUAGUGCCAUAUUAUAGAAAAUGUAUAAUUCUGAGAAUUUGUGAAUAAUGUUGUAAAAUGUAGUGUACAGUAUAGAGAAUAAAAAUUAUAAUUUGUUCAAGUGGA